AUGUGGAAUCAGUUUCCGGCUGAACAGACAGAAGAAAUCGAAGCUGUUGUCAGUUGUUUUGGCGAGAAAUUCGUAUCUGUCGACUCAAGCGGUGAAGAACUCAGAGGAGUUAUUUUGGUGGUGUUGGAACCAAGAUCGAAGCCGAUCGUUGUUUGUGCUUCUGACGGAAAAACACAUGGACAAUUUGAGACAACUCAGCUCUCUCCGGUAGAUCUUCGGUUCCGAUUGCCUGCAGAGUAUCCGGCCAAGAAGGCAACUGUCGAUGUGGAUUGCAUCUGGAUGCCCACUUCUAUGAAAAAUGUGAUAUCGAAGCGACUAGACGAUAUCCUUCAAGAGAACAUCGGAUCUGCCGUUUUGUUUUUGUGCUGUGAAGAAGUGAAAAAGAUUGUGAACAACACCGAACUCCCCGAGUUGCAUCUGGAAGAGAACUACUUCGCUCGGAAGAAUAAAAUGCAACCAAUGGAAAUGUUGGAAAAAGUGAGAGAAGAAUGUGAAAAAGCUGAACUAGACGAAUUCGAAGCACAUUGUCAUGACUGUGAGGUGUGUUUUGAGAACAAAACUGGCCGUGAAUGCGUUCGGUUCUCGCCUUGCAGGCAUACGUUUUGCAAAGAAUGUGUGGCCGCUUAUUUCAAGGAAAAGCUCCUUCAAGAGAUCUCGUUGCUUUCAUGUCCAAGUGACAGCUGUGUGACGAAUGCUCCUCAAAAGUUGAUCGUUGAACUUCUAGGCGAGGAAGCGUUUGAACGCUACGAACGGCUCCUUCUGUCCAGAGUUCUGAAUGGCAUGAGUGAUAUGGCCACUUGUCCAAGAAUUGCUUGCCAGAAACCUGCUGCCCUCAGUCAAAUAAUAGAUAACUUGGCAACCUGUCUUGUAUGCGGCCAUUCAUUCUGCACUAAAUGUUUCAAAGCGUAUCACGGAGUUCAAAAGUGUCGAACCAAAUACAAUCUCUCUGUCUUCGUAGAGAACAGUGACUUCACAUGGGGGUUCCAAGAAGUGUCUUUGCUGGAGUUUCUUAGAGCGACCGACGAAGAACGAACUCAGAUGGGAUAUUGGUAUGGAGGAAUUGAAAAACUAGAGGCUGAAAUGGAAGCGUUAAUAAAGGAGAAAGAGUGGCGCAGCUACGCAUGGAUUGAAGAAAACGUUCCAGACAGGUGUCCUGGGUGUGCCAUUGCGAUCCAGAAAAACGAAGGUUGUAAUCAUAUGUAUUGUACGAUGUGUGGGACAAGAUUCUGUUGGAACUGCAAAGUAAUACUCAAUUCACACAACAUAAAUCGACAUUCCAAUGGCAACUGUGAAAGAGCUGCUCAAUCCUAA